CUCAAGCACAGGGGUUAUAACGACCACGAGCCCCACAAAUCAAGCCCUCCAAAAUACAAACCCAAAUGAGUUCUUACUUUGUAAACUCGUUCUCAGGACGCUAUCCUAAUGCCCCAGACUAUCAGCUGUUAAAUUAUGGGGCCGGCAGUUCCAUGAACGGAUCUUAUAGAGAUCCAGGCAACAUGCACGCCGGCUCUUACGGGGGAUACAACUACAAUGGAAUGGAUCUGAGCAUCAGCCGUUCAGCCUCCUCCUCCAGCCACUUUGGAGCGGUUGGGGAGAGCUCUCGCGCCUUCCCUGCCCAAGCAGCGCCCGAAAGCAGGUUCAGACAGGCGUCCAGCUGCUCCUUGUCCUCUCCCGAAUCCCUCCCUUGCACCAGCAGCACCAGCACCGGCAGCAGCACCGGCGGCGGCGGCGGCGGCGGCGGCAGCGGCGGCGGCGGCGAAAGCCAUGGAGGGAAGGCAGCCGGGUCCUCCCCCGCCGAGCAGGCAGCCUCUGUCGGCGCUGCCAGCGCCACCGCGUUUGCCGAGAUAGACGAGACCAGCGCGUCCUCGGGAACCGAAGAGAACGGCUCCCAAGUCAACAGCAACGGCGCCCGAGCUCAGGCGGAGCCGAUCGCCACCUCCACGCCGGCCACGGAAGGACAAAGCCCGCAGAUAUUCCCCUGGAUGCGAAAGCUGCACAUUAGCCACGAUAUGACCGGACCGGAUGGCAAACGAGCCCGAACGGCGUAUACUCGCUACCAGACCUUGGAGCUGGAGAAGGAGUUUCACUUUAACCGCUACCUCACCCGCAGAAGGCGAAUAGAAAUUGCCCACGCUUUGUGUCUCUCCGAAAGACAGAUAAAAAUCUGGUUCCAAAACAGGCGAAUGAAGUGGAAGAAAGAUAACAAACUCAAAAGUAUGAGCUUAGCGUCUGGUGGCAGCGCUUUUCAGCCAUAAAUUAUAUCAAGGAGGAAUAUUAAGAAAUAGGAAGGAGGGGGGGCAGGAAGUAAGAAAGUUUAAAACAAGCAAGCAAACGAAAAGCAACAGCCAGAUUUGUUUUUGUUAAGUUUGGAGUACUGUAAAGUGAAGCACUUUCCAUUCAGCAUGCUGUUGAUUUUUUAAAUUAUUAUUAUUAUUAUUAAUAACAACAACAACAACAAUAAUAAUAAUAAUAAUAAACCAUUUCUGUGGGUACUAUUAUUCCAAGAUUGUGUCCUUUGCUGCGAUCGUCCCCCUUUAAAUUAAAAGAUAAAACCCAGAGGCUUCUUUAAUGCUUUAGAUGUUCUCAAUGUUUGUGUCUGUGCUAUAAUGAUGCUUUCUGGAAGAAGUUAGCAUGUCCUUUUCUUUUCUUUUCUUUUCUUUUUUCUUUUCUUUUCUUUCUUUCUUUCUUUCUUUCUUUCUUUCUUUCUUUCUUUCUUUCUUUUAAUGUGUGCUUUUUAAAUGUUAUAACUUAUUUAUAAGACAGUAUGGGGAAGGAAGGAUGGGUUCUUAAAAGUUCACAACUUUGUGGGGAAUCCUACCUCUUUUCCUUCUACUCAAGUCGGGGGCUCCUGCAGUUCAGUAGCAGGGAAGAAAAAAAAGAAAGAAAAUUAAAAACCAUCAACCACAACAAAUGUUUUUUUUGUUUUGUUUUAAAGUAUAUCUCUCUAUAUAAACUCAUGUAUCUGUCUUUGAAAUUGUCAAGUCUGUGAUUUGAUUCCUGGCCUUGUUUUUAUCCCAGGCCAGUUCUGAAACUUUCUUUCUUUCUUUUUUAAAUAAAUGUGAGUGAAGUUCACUUUAAAAGGGUAUAUGAUUGGACCAACCAUAGUAUGUUUAAAAUGUUUGUAAAUACUAGAAAUAUUUCUACAGUGACUAAUAGGAAGUUUUAGUGGGCAGGGUGAAUUCAGUGUUCUGUGUGUCUGAAAUGGCAUUUGUCAUGUCUGGCUGCCUGUUCCCAUCUUUGCCAAGACGCUGUUCGCAUCGGUUUGUAGCCUUAACUUGAAGUCAAAUAAACGUUUCUCCUGGCCAGAAAAAUAGUGCCCUUCUUUGCAUUUCUUUAUUCCGCAAUAUUCACAAGUCACAGCAUUAAAGUUACUCAUCAGCAAAAUCUGCAUUUUAAAAAGACACCCAGAGAGAAAGUGUGUUCUGUUCACUCGCGGCAUGACCCAG